UUCUGGAAGUAACCAAGGGGGGCUGGGAGGGAGCCCCCACCCACGAAACAUACAGAAAAUAUGAAUCCCACCCCUUGACGUUUCUGGAGAGUGCAGCAACAACAGUGCUGAAAACAGAAGAAUUUGCAGAAUGAUGAUGGAUGGUGCACAACGCCAAAAUACCAUCGGAUCUAUUUGGCCACAGCUGGUAGACCUCCUGAGUGACCAUUCUGAGUGGGUGCUGAAGAAAGCUGAGAUGCUUCUGCCUCAAGACGAUCUGAGAUUGGUUGACAGGGAGCCUGAGCUUAAGAAGAAGCGGUUACUGGUCUUGGAUAUGGUCUUAAGAGAUGUGGACACCAAUCCUGAGGUCUUCAGAAAGUUCAUCCAGAGUGUCUGUAUGGAAUGCGAUCUUCCCAUGGGUCUUGAGAUCACACUGAUGAGUAUCUCUCAAGAAGGUGAAGGAGGGUUGAAUCAUGCCAACUCCUGUAGCUCCAGGGUAGUCCUCAACUUAUAACCACAAGGGAGCCCAACAUUUCCAUUGCUAAAGCGAGACAGUUGUUAAGUGAGUUUUGCCCCAUGUUACAACCUGUUACAACCCAAAGGGGCAUGACACAGAGGCAACACUGUCAGAUAAGCAAGAAGAGUCCCUUUAUUAUCUCCAACUUUGCCCCCAAUGUCCAGGUUACCU